ACCCAGCGUUUCCUCUGAUGCAAUUCCAGGAAUUGCACAACGGGGGAAAGAACAAACGGGCACUUGUGGACUCUGUCACAUGAGGGACGGCUGGCGCCUUUACACUACAUCGGUCUGACACUGAGGGAAGUGGUCAGGAGCGGUCAGGAGCGGCUCAGAGGGGCAGCAGCAGCCCCGGGGGCAGGUGAAUCGUUCACGAGCGCUCGGUUCUCGUGCUCCAUUUCAGACGUGAAUCCGUGCUCGCUCGUCCCUCCAAGUGAAUCUUUCUGAGACCAGCACAUCACGUUGAGGCGUCUACAAAUCAGAGGGUAGCUGUUGCACAGGCAAGAAGACAUGAACUUGAUUGACAUCCUUUGGAGGCAAGAUAUAGACCUUGGGGCAAGGCGUGAAGUUUUUGAUUUUAGUCAACGACAGAAGGAGUAUGAACUCGAGAAACAGAAGAAACUUGAAAAGGAAAGACAAGAGCAGCUCCAAAAAGAGCAGGAGAAAGCCUUGCUGGCUCAGUUUGAGUUAGACGAAGAGACGGGGGAAUUUGUUCCAGUUCAGCCGGCUCAGCACAUUCAGGCAGAAAAUACUGAGCCACCGAUCGAUUUUUCUCAGACCACACAGACUUCAAAACCAGAAGCAGAGGCCUUGUCCUUUGAUGACUGCAUGCAGCUCUUGGCAGAAGCUUUCCCAUUUCUGGAGGACGAUGAGGCUUCUUCAGCUGUAUUUGAGUCACUGGAUCCUGCUCAGGUGGAUAGCAACCCAGUCUUCAUCUCCUCUGACCAAACUCAGCCACCUGAAUCACCUGUUCUAGUUCCACUCACUGAUGCGGAGAAUAUGCAGAACAUAGAGCAAGUUUGGGAAGAAUUAUUGUCCCUUACAGAGUUACAGUGUCUUAACAUUGAAAACGACAACCUGGCUGAGGUAAGCACAAUCACAGGCCCCGAAACCAAGCCAACAGAGAUGCACAGCGGCUAUAAUUACUACAGCUCGUUACCCGUCAUGAGAAAAGAUGUUAACUGCGGUCCAGAUUUCCUGGAUAGCAUUGAGGACCCCUUUUCCAGCAUUUUGCCGCCAGAAGACACCAGCCAGCUGAGUGUGAACUCUUUAAACGACGCAUCCCCUUCAAACUCCGAUUUCUGUGAUGAUUUCUACAGCACCUUUACUGAUGCAAAGCGUUUGUUGCUGUGUCACCGUUUGCCUAUCAGUCAGCCACUCGCAGAAAUUCUGAGCGAACCUAUCGAUCUUUCCGAUUUCUCACUGUGUAAAGCUUUUAAUGGCAACCACUCAGGAACCGCACCAGAAUGUAACGAUUCAGACUCUGGCAUUUCACUGAAUGCAAGUUCUGGCGUAGCAUCGCCUGAACACUCUCUGGAGUCCUCUGCCCAUGGAGAUAAGACUUUUGGUUGCAGCGAUUCUGAGAUGGAAGACACUGAGGGCGCUCCGGGGAGCGUGCCGCAGAGCAACGCCAGCGCCUACUCAUUGCAGCUCCGGGAGCAGGUGUUUUCUUCUGUGGGGCCAAGCACUCAAGCGCCUGGUUUGCAGUGUACAAACACGCCAAAGAAAGAACCCCCGGGCAAUCCAGGCCAGCCCAAAGCUCCGUUCACAAAAGACAAACCUUCAAGCCGCCUUGAAGCUCAUCUCACGAGAGAUGAGCAAAGAGCAAAAGCUCUGCAGAUCCCUUUUCCUGUCGAAAAAAUCAUCAAUCUCCCCGUCGAUGACUUCAACGCGAUGAUGUCUAAGGAGCAGUUCAACGAAGCCCAGCUUGCGCUUAUUCGAGAUAUACGCAGGAGAGGCAAGAACAAAGUGGCUGCUCAAAAUUGCCGUAAAAGAAAACUGGAAAAUAUAGUGGAACUGGAGCAAGACUUGAGUAACCUAAAAGAUGAGAAAGAGAAAUUGCUGAAGGAAAAAGGAGAGCAUGACAAAAGCCUUCGUCAGAUGAAAAAGCAACUAACCACUCUGUACCUGGAGGUGUUCAGCAUGCUACGUGAUGAAGACGGGAAGUCCUACUCUCCUAGCGAAUAUUCCCUGCAGCAAACUAGGGAUGGCAACGUCUUCCUUGUUCCGAAGAGCAAGAAGUCAGAGACUAAACUUUGAAGGGCAGCACAGCUGGCUACUGUUGUUUUCCGAGUUAGUAUUUUUGUAUCAUUAUCCUGAUAGUUUGUACUGUGAGGUGGAAUGCAGAAUUAGGUAAUAUUUUUGAAGUAAUUCUAUGCAAUGAUAAUUUUGAAGUUAAUAAUUGUUUAUGGAAGAGGCAAGUUUAAAAUGAAUAGUGUAAUGCAGAUGGAUGUAUGCAAAAUUUGUAAUCUCACUUUUAUAACAGAUGUUUCCUUCUUAUAGCACCACUUUGCCUAGUUUCCAUAUACAUGUAAAUAUUUAAAGAUACCGUAUUUAUAUACUGUUCCUAUCUCUUGUUAUAUUCAUAGAUUUAUUUGAUAUAUAUAUAAAUGAUUCUAGCCUUCUAAAUAUAAUUUCUUGCAAGACAACCAGUAUGGCUUCUGAUACUUUUUUUUAUAAAUAUGCAAGUGUUUGUUUCCCAUUUUUCUUACACAUUUAUACUUGCUUUAUAUUUAAUAUAUGAUUUUAAUUUAGUAUAAAAGUUGAUAGUGCUUGAGUUUGAUUUAUCAGUUCAUUAAACUUUUGUUUUUAACUCUGCUUCACACACGUUUAUUUCCCUAAAGCAGGGAAAUCCUCACUGGUUUUCCAAGGCUAAGUCUUUGUGUAACAAAUAUGCUUAAUAACCAGUGAUCUACCGCACAGCGUUGUUGGCAUCACUGACGCUUUGUUCAGCCUAAUUUUAACUGCCAUUUGGUGGAAGGAUUGUGGAACAGAACGUUGUUUCCAGUUGAUGUAGGUUUACAUGAUUUGUUUUGCUCUUCAAACACUACUGAAAUUCAUGAUGAGAUCUCUCCUCCAAAGGCAUUUAAAAUGUGUUAAUUAAGACAUUGUCAGCAUUACACAUUUUUCAACCAGAAGUUGUGUACCCUUUGGAGCAGUUGUUCUGUCCCCGCGCUGUGUCGCUGAGCAGCGAUUGUCACUGCAGUCGCUUUGGAGCUCGCGGAAGAGGCCGAUGAGCUGCCAGCCCACUGCACUGUUGGGAACCUGCGCUCGCUUAACUGAGAAGCAUUGUGGAGUUUCAAGUACGAUUUAUAAGAGAAUAAAAAUUGGACAAAUCAAGAGCAUCGUUUUGUUUACUCUUCAAACGGACUCAUUGUACCUGGUCAUUGUGUAUUUUCUGAAUACAGAAAGUGUGUAAUUUGUAAUACAUAUUGACCUGAACAUUAAAAACCAUCUAAUCUUCCUUUAUCUUCCCUAUGACACUUCUAAUUAGAGCACCAGUGGAAAAUAAAACCCCACAUUUCAGAUCAGAUGUGCCUUUAUCUUUUUAGGAAUAUUUUGUCUAUUACAAUAUUUAUACAUGACCACGUUUAGUAUAAUAAAUAACUAUUUGUUUUGCAA